CUCGCCAAAAUUUUUAGCUUUGGGAUAAAAAUGGCUACCGGUUCGAGACAGCCUUAGUCAACUAGAACGUACGACAAAUUUAUUUUCUUUUCGUUUCCGAACUAUAAAUCUCACUAUCUCAAGCUAAGCAAAAUCGGAAAUCUGCUCUGUUCGGCCGAGAGAUCAAGGAGCGCGGCGAGUCGGCGACCACCCUCCUGUGUCCUUCGCGCCCCAUUUGCCCGCCACGUGUUUUGUCGUCCGCUAUUCUCGUGCUUCUUUCAUUCUCGGCUUCCGCUUCCACGACGCCAACUGUGCUACCAUCACUCCUUCUUCUCCACCGAAGCUACCGCAACAAGACCUUCAUGGAGAGAAAAGAUGUUAAACCAAAGAAAAGCUUGGGAUGCUUAAAAAGCACAUUCGAUUUAUUUGGUGCAGGCUUCUUCAAUGAUAGCGAGAUGCUGGAGAUCAAGCAGGGUGUAGAAGAGUUCAAUAUGCCAAUAAUUGAGGCCAAUCGGAAAAUAGUUGCUUCUACUAAUGGAGGGUUACAUGACCCAUCUUAUAUGGUUUUCAACCCACGUUGGGGCAGUGAACAAGAAAAAGAUACAAGCAGGAAGUUUAGUUAUCCUUCUCUUGCUGGUGUACAGCGGCCUAAAAGGGAAGAAGACAUUGCUUUCAUGACUAUUCUUGAAUUGGGCCAACUCAUUAAGACAAAACAAAUCACUUCUGUGGAGCUUACUCAAAUUUUCUUGAAGAGAUUAAAGAGGUAUAAUCCUGUGCUUGAAGCUGUGGUCACUUGUACAGAAGAAUUAGCAUAUAAGCAGGCAAAAGAGGCUGAUGACUUACUUAUGGAAGGAGUGUACAUGGGUCCUCUCCAUGGAAUUCCAUAUGGAUUGAAGGAUAUAAUUGCAGUACCCGGCUACAAGACAACCUGGGGUUCAAAAUCUUUCAAAAAUCAAAUGCUAAAUAUCGAAGCUUGGAUUUACAAGAGGCUGAGGUCUGCUGGGGCAGUUCUUGUGGCAAAGCUUGUCUCUGGAUCAUUGGCAUGUGAUGAUAUCUGGUUUGGUGGGAGAACAAGGAAUCCGUGGAAUAUUGAGGGAUUCUCUUCUGGUUCAUCAGCUGGGCCCGCUGCGUGCACCUCAGCAGGUAUGGUUCCAUUUGCAAUUGGUUCUGAGACAGCUGGUUCCAUCGCCUCCCCUGCUGCUCGCUGUGGCGUGACGGCACUGCGCCCAACUUUUGGUGCUAUUGGACGAACCGGUGUGAUGAGCUUAUCUGAGAGCUUGGACAAGCUUGGCCCUUUCUGUAGAAGCGCUGCAGAUUGUGCUGUUGUUCUGGAUGCUAUUCGAGGUGAGGAUCCAGAUGAUAUUUCAUCAAGAAACAUACCCCUUGAAGAUCCAUUUUCAGUUGACAUUACGAAGCUAACUGUUGGGUAUCUUGACGAUGCUGAAAUGGAGGUUGUCAAUGUGCUUCGGUCCAAGGGUGUUAAAAUGGUUCCGUUCAAACUGAAUUACACGGUUGACUCUGUUCGAGGUACUCUGAAUUUCAUAUUGAACGUGGAUAUGCUUGCUCACUUUGACGAAUGGCAGCGCUCCAGGAAAGAUCAGGAUUAUGAAGCUCAAGAGCCUACCGAACUUGGUUGUGCACGCAUGAUACCUGCGGUGGACUAUGUCCAGGCACAGAGAGUACGAGGAAGAUUAAUCAGGGAAGUAAAAGAGAGCUUUACAGUUGAUGCAUUUGUUGGCAAUGCAACUGACGGGGAGAUAGUUUGCCUGGGCAACCUUGUCGGAAUGCCUGUCAUUGUUGUUCCAACAGGGUUCAAACCGAUAGCCAAUCCACCUUCAAAUGAAACUCGACGAAGAACCACCAUCACGACCGGCAUCUACGCGCCCCCUGAGCGCGAUCACAUCGCCUUAGCUCUGGCCAUGGCUUAUCAGGCGGUGACGGAUCAUCAUAAGCAACGCCCCCCUAUCGAUGAUCUGGGGCCAAAUGACUGGAUCCCGAGUUCUCCAACGGCUACCAUCCUUGACAACUGCGAGGCUGAAGGCUGAAGCCUCCCAUUCUGUUGGGGAUGGUGGAUCUGUUCUGUUGUACUUUCAUAAAUAAAUCACCAACAUUCAUCUUCUUUUAGUUUUUCUCUAGUUUCAUAAAUUAGACAGUUCACGCAAAGAACCCUGUUGUAAUUUUUAUAUUUUUGAAUUUGGAUGAGGGUUACUAAGUAAGAAUGUUAAAAGGUGUCUAUCAAAAAAAAAAAAAAGAAUGCUAAAAGACUCAUUUGAAAUACUAAUUAUUGUUGAGUUUUA